AUGGUAUUUUUUACUUUGAGAGAAUAUACCCCGGCGAGAAAUGAACCCUUACGUGAAUUUCUUAUCUCGUUUCUUUCUAUACAAAUACUUAGAUUUCUAAACCCACAGCCGGCCACAGGUGACAGGCCACAAUACUACGUUACUGAUUACCCUCUCCAAACAGUCAUAACUCCGAAACAGCCACAACCCACACGCCACACCAGACGCCAACCAUCAGUAGGCAGCCACCAACCACCAGAAGCACCACCAUUGGUACCACACCAGUGCCGUCAGGCCCGCCACGAGCUCACCAUCUCAAAGAUAAACACUAUUAAGAAUCAGGGUUUAUCAAGUCAGAACUGUUUCGCUUCAUCAAUUUUGAUUGGAAUGAAGACUUCAAAUGGAGAUAAGGAGGAUCUUAUUAAACUUUUUGGUUCUCCAUCUCCAAGACUACCUGUACCCAGCAAUUCUUUCAAUACUAUCGUCAAAAUUUUCUCUCUUUUCUCUCAUGAUAACCCCUUUUCUGAUUAUGCUCAUCUCCCAGAGUACCAGAGUUUGUAUGGUGUUAAUCGGAGUAAUCCCAAGAGACAUAAAUCAGGUAUUGAGCAUGAUGAUUCAUUUAUGCUAAGAGGUGAUAAAGAAACUCCUAAUGCAUUGGUUGAACCUGCAAUUGUAGAGGGUCAAAGAUCUUCCUGCAAUAAUGGGAUAAAUAGUGAUCCGGUUGCUGAGGUGGUUUGUAAAGAUGACAGUUUCAUUGCAUUACAUGCCAGGGACAAAAUGGCCUCCACUGCGGAGGGCUCUCAUGCUUGGAUUGAUGAGGAUGCUUUGACAGACUCUUGCAACAACACUACAAGCAGUGAAAUUGGAAAAGUUCGUCUUGAUGGGAAUACAAAAGAUGAUGUAUCAGGUGAAUUGAGGAGAAAGGAAUUUGAUGGUGACCUUCCUGUGGAUAGAGAGAUAUCCAAUCCAGAAGAGGCUAUGAACCAACAUCCUAGUUCAGGUCUUGAAUAUCCAUUAUUGAGCAAGGAAAGAGAGCUUUCCAAAGAAAAAGCUCUUGAUAAGCUAUUAGAACAGGAAAAAGUUUCUUUUGAAGCACAAAAAUGUAAAAAAGGAGAAGUAGUUUCAAUAAGCAAUGCUGUUGAUAGAGUUGGUACGAGGAACAAAUCUGACGUUGCUACUAAGGGGAAAGCUAAGAAGGUACCUUUAAAAGAUGUAAAAUUAGGUAAAAAUAAGCAUACUUGUAUAAAUACUGGGGCUCUCAAUGGCACAAAAUCUGGAGAUGCCAACUUACUGAUUAAUAGAAAGAUGAGGGAGCAGAAUGCACAUCGAAAUAUUGGGAAGGUUAUAACAAGAAAGGUUAUAAACAAUCAGCCUAAGAGUAGCAAGGGUAUUCACUACACAAGAGAGCAGCUGCUGCAUCUUCAAAAUACGACUUCUGUUUCUGCCGAUAUUUUGAAUGUGAUACAAAAAAUUGGUGCUGAAGUACAUGUUGAAGGCCGGCAUUCUGCUGUUGAAGAAACUGACUCAUGGAAAGUCUAUUCUUCUAAUAACAGGAAGUUUGAGGGGAAGAAAGCAGAGGAAGAGGGCUCAAGCAUCUUGAAGAAUAGAAAGCGGGGAUCUACUUCAGAGGCAAGAAAGGAAAAGAAAAAGCGGCAGAAACGGAAGAAGCGAGCAGAAAUGAACAAGAAACUUGGAGUCAAGAGAUUAAAACUUAAACCUGAUUCAAAACCGAAAGUUAUACCCCCCUGCCGCCACUAUCUUAAGGGAAGAUGCCAAGAGGGUGUAAAAUGCAAGUUCUCUCAUGAUGUUAUUCCAUUGACAAAGUCUCAGCCGUGCUGUCAUUUUGCCCGCAAUGGAUGCAUGAAAGGAGUUGAGUGCCCAUAUGAUCAUCAGCUGUCCAAUUAUCCGUGCAACAAUUAUGUGUCUACAGGUUUUUGUGUCAGAGGUGAUAGUUGCUUAUUUUCCCACAAGAUUUCAUCUACAGAAGGCUCCAAAUGUGAGACUAAUUCUGCGCAACAAGUUGAUGGGUCAAAUCCUAAGCAGCAGCCGAAUGCGAGUACAUCCAUAGCCUCUGGAUCUGCUACACCUAAUAGUGCGCAGGAUGAUUUGGCAAAACGAAUCAGUCAACCAGUAAGUGCACCUAAAGGUUUAAGCUUUCUCUCAUUCGGAAAAUCUUCAGUUAAGGAAUCUGCAAAGCAUAAAGAAUCAGAACUAACCCAGCAAAUUACUGACGAUGUUGCUCGAACUCAUGGUCUGCUGGAUCAUAAGAAAAACAAUGAUGACACUAAUACUUCUAAUUUGUCAAGGAGUAGUCUAACUCCGACCAGCCGUAAAGAGAUUGAUUCCCCUGCUUCUGUUAGACUUCCAUGUGUUAGUUCUGGUAGCAAAUCACAAGAAGUUGCUACACUGUCUACCAAUCGCCAUAUUAACUCUGUAAUCACUGAUAAAGAAACUGUAAAUAAACCAGACAUUUUGACGUCUGGACAGCCAGCGGUUGGUGGACUCAGAAGCACGCCUACUACUGCUCGGAAUGCACUUCUAUCCACGCUGUCUUUUGCUGCAAAUUUUGAAUCAAGGAUAAAAAUGAGUUCCGCGACUCCCUCAAAGGAGCUGGAUAAGAAUGAAGGAACCAAGGAUGAGGCAGAAUGCAGACAGAAUGAACAAUCGAAAACUUCAGCAAUUUUAGAGUUCUUGUAUAGCGGAGGCAACAAUAACCGGAAAUAGAAUGGCAUUUAUGACAUGAAAGAAUUUUACCCUUUUUUUGAAAUAUUUUUUUCUAAAGGGGCAUGGUUCAUUUAUUUAGUCACUAGGUAAUAGUAUCAUAUUACUAUGAAAUAUUAAUUUUUUAAUGAAAAAUAUUAAAUAUUAAUCUUGAAUUCAAUUAAAUAGUUAACAAAAUAUGUAUGUGAUAGAGUAUUUAUAUAUUAUUAGCAUUUUACGGAUUAACAAAUUCAAUAUUGAUAAUAUAAUAUGAUUGAACUAAUGACUAUUUAAAAAAACAUUAAUUAAAAUUUUUGAGCAUUAUUCACCGAUCAGCAUUAAUAAUUUUCAUCUUUCUUUUCUUUUAUUAGUGAAUAGUAGCAACACGAGAUAUAUAAAGAGUGUUGCUCCCUCUAUUUCUACGACUUUGCCGAUAUUUUAUUUUGAUUCA